AUGACUGACCCACCAACAAACACAUCAGAAUGCUCCCAAUAUUCUUUGGAGUUGCUGGAAUUAAGUCGGAGUUUAAAUGGUAGAAUUCCAGAAACACUUGGAAGACUGGCGAAUUUAAGACACCUUGAUCUAUUGCAGAAUGGACUGACUGGUUCAAUCCCUGAAUCUCUAGGAAGAUUAAGAUUUUUACAAGUACUAUAUCUAUCUUAUAACCAGUUGACUGGUCCCAUUCCAGAAUUCCUUGGGAAUCUUACCCAACUUGCCCUUUCUUAUAACCAAUUGAAUGGUUCAAUUCCAGAAUCCCUUGGAAAAUUAGCAUCUUUAACAAAUUUGGAUCUAGGAUCUAAUUUAUUAGACGGGACUAUUCCAGUUUCGAUUGGGCAACUUGCCAAACUCCGUACUCUCUUUAUCUCUGACAAUUCAUUGGAAGGAGCAGUUACUGAAGCCCAUUUGGCUAACCUUUCGAUGUUGAAGUACUUGAAUAGUUCUUCCAACACUAAGCUGACAUUCAAUGUUUCACGUGGGUGGAUACCUCCAUUCCAGUUGAUAUCUCUUAGUCUCAGCUCUUGCAAUAUCGGGAAUGGAUUUCCGCAGUGGCUUCGACAUCAGAGGAAACUUCAAUGGUUAUUGUUGUCCAAUGCUACACUUUCGGGGCCGCUGCCCACAUGGCUGCGGAAGAUGCCCAUCAUUUCUUGGUUAGAUCUCUCUCACAACAAACUCAGCGGAUCUUUGAAAAACCUUCCUAAUGCGAAAAAUGAUGAUGCAUAUUGGUAUGUAACUGUAUUACUUCUGGAAUAUAACCUUUUCAGUGGGUCAAUUCCAAGGUCAUUAUGCAGAAGAACAGAUUUGAAAGGGCUUGAUCUUUCAAGAAACAUGUUAAGUGGGAAAAUUCCCAACUGUAUGGGGAAUCUGCAGGGUUUGGCUAUCAUGAGUAUAAGCUCAAAUCAGCUCUCUGGUGUCAUUCCUAGCUCAAUUGCUCUUAUUUCAUCAUUAUUUUGGUUAAAUUUGAACAACAAUAACUUUACUGGUGAAGUUCCUCCAGAAUUAGGGAAUCUACAAGGUUUGGAAGUCUUAGAUUUGGGUGACAAUAAAUUAUAUGGAAAUAUACCCAAUUGGAUAGGGAAAAAACUUACAUCUUUGGUAGUUUUGAGUUUACACAAAAACCACUUCACUGGUAGAAUUCCUCCAUCUCUUUGCAAAAGUUCAAAUCUUCAAAUUUUGGAUCUUGCAUACAACAACUUAACCGGAACCAUCCCUCCAUGUGUAGGAAACUUAAAUGGCAUGGUUGUGGGUUACUUGGUGAAUGUGUAUUAUUCAGAUAUCGAUGAUGAUAAGAAUGUGAUUCAGGUCAUGAAAGGUGUUGAUCUUGAAUAUACAACAACUUGGAGAAUGGUUUAUAACAUGGACCUUUCAAGCAAUAAACUUGAGGGAGAAAUACCUGUUGAGCUCACUGCACUUUCCAUGUUGGUGGGUCUGAAUCUGUCUAAUAAUCAUCUGAGUGGGGGUAUUCCAGAGAGCAUUGGAAAGAUGAUGAAUUUGGAAACUCUUGAUUUCUCAAAAAACGAGUUGAGCGGAAGGAUCCCUUCAAGCAUGGCAGCUCUGAACUUUUUGAGCCAUUUGAAUCUGUCACACAACAAUUUGUCGGGUCAAAUUCCAACAGGAAAUCAACUGCAGACGCUUAUUGAUGAUCCAUCAAUUUAUGCUGGGAACAAAGGUCUAUGUGGACCUCCACUGCCAAACAGUUGCUCAAAUCAUCAAGAUCCCACAACAACAACAACAACAAGCAAAAAGAAACACAAAGCAGCUGAGCAGACCAGAGUAUGGUUGUUUUAUGUGGACAUAAUGAGUGGUUUUGCAACAGGGUUUUGGGGUGUUAUUGGAGUUCUGUUGUUCAAGAAGCAUUGGAGACAGAAGCUUUUCAUGUUUGCUGAGGAAACCAUGGAUAAGAUAUACGUUGCAGUUGUGGUAAGAGUUGCCAAGUUCAAGAGAGGAAGAGAAUAG